AUAGAACCCGGAAGUGUUUUGCUGUCUCAUAUGAUGCACGCUUAACGUUACAAAAACACAUGCACGUGUGUCUGCAUUUAGGGAAACAAUGUUAGGGAAGAUAGUUUAUGUGUAAAACAGUGGAGUGAUGGUUUUAAAGUCGCAUUAACACCAGGUUGAUGAUAAACAAGGCAUGGAUUUCCUGAAGAGACCCACCGUGGCCGAGGACGCGGUUCAGUACCGACUCUUUCUGCUCCAUCCGGAUCCUCUGGGUGUUGAGGAUCAGCAGCGGUUCCUCCUGCGGCUCCUGGAGGAUGUCCUGGCCCAGGUCGCUGCUCUGCUGGUGGGCUACAUUUGGCAGAAGCAGCCUUUUAAUCUCAGCUUUUAUCCGGAGAAAGAGGGCGUCCCAGCUCAUCUGGGCGGCAGCACGGAGUUCGGCGAUAACGUUGAAGACGAGUGGUUCAUCGUUUAUCUGCUCAAACACAUCACACACACUUUCAGAGAACUGGCUGCCAGCGUCCAGGACAACGAUGGACAGUUCCUCCUGAUCGAGGCGGCCGAGUACCUGCCCAAGUGGCUGGAUCCUGACAGCAGCGAAAACAGGGUGUUCCUGUACCAUGGAGAGCUGCACAUUUUGCCCAAUCGUGUGCGUGAUGGAGAAGCGGGAUGGCCUCGGGACUCGGUGCCAUCGGUACGAGAGGCUGUAGAGGUGCUGCACGCACACGGCGAGCGCUGCGUGGCUGAUCGGCGCAUCCGUGUUGCCCUAGAGCGUCGACUGCACGGGUACCCAGGAAAAAUCCAGACCAGCCUCCAUCAUGCACAUUGUUACGUACCUGCAGGUGUAGGAGUGGUGUUGUCACGGAGACCUGACCUUGUGGCUCCAGCUGUUUCUGCAUUUUACCUGCGUGAUCCUGUUGACCUUCAGGCCUGCAGAACUUUCCAGUACUUCCCCCCUGAUUCCAGAGUCCUCACAAUGGUGACGUUCACUCGUUGUCUUUACGCUCAGCUGCAGCAGCAGGCUUUCGUUCCUGACAGGAGGAGUGGAUUCACUCUGCCUCCUCCAUCACACCCUCAGUACAAGGCUCACGAACUCGGCAUGAAGCUGGCUCAUGGUUUUGAGAUCCUGUGCAGUAAAAGCGGCCACUCAGCGCCGGACUCUGAGGCUCCUGUGAGCGCUGACCCUCUCUGGAGGGGUUUCCUGGACAGCCUGAAGAGGAACGAUUACUUUAAGGGGGAACUGGAAGGAUCGGCGCGCUACACAGAGCUCACGAAGGCAGCCGAGAGUUUCUUUAAGCAGUCGCUCUCCAGCUCGCAGACUUGUGUUAAUGGUCCAGGUGAGGAGGUGUUGAAGGUGUUAGAGAGCGCCCCCUACAGUCUGGAGGAACUGAAGAAACAUGAAGCUCAUCUUCCACCAGAAGACUGUGAUGACUGGUUAAACAUCACCCCAGAUGAACUUGAGAGGUUGCUGGAGGAGAGGGGGGGUCAGAGGUCAAGUAAGGGUAAAGGAGUCACAUGUGGAGCAGGAAGGAGUGAGGAUGAGGAGGAAAAGCAGCAGGAGGAAGAGGAAGCUGGAUUCACUCUAGUGGCAGUGACGCAAGGGAUGAAGGACUUCAUUAACGCCAUGUCUUCACACGAAGGAGCUGAAUUCCCACGGUCGUGUUUGUCAGAGCCGUUCAGUUUUGACCCCGAUGCAGUGACCAGUGCUGUGGACAGACUGCUUGGUGGUAAAGAUGAGGAGCUGGACUCUGAUGAUUUAGAUGAUGAUGAUGAUGAUGAUGGGGAUGACGAAGCAGAGGAAGAAGGAUCUGAAGAGCAAACGGAGACGCUGGACAAUCUGAGGAGAUACAUGGACGAGAUGGACCAGGAGCUUCGAACCACCAACGUCGGACAGAGUUUCACGUACAACAGCAAACAGGACGGCAAUACAACCGCAGACACAGCAGGAAGCUCUGCGCAGACGGAAGACGAUCUCCAGCCCUUAGACGUGGACAUCAACCUAGUGACCAACUUGCUGGAGUCGCUGUCCUCUCAGGCCGGUCUUGCCGGACCCGCUUCGAAUCUGCUGCACAGCCUCGGCCUGCGCCUGCCCCCUAACGCCGAUCCCUCCUGA